AUCUUCCUGUUUCCUUCUGAGCACUGCCUCCUGUCUAGGCUUCAGCACUGCCUCAUUGAAACAAACGUGGCUGAGAUGGAAUCUUCUGCUCCUGUGACAGUCAGUCAGGCCUGUGCACCAGCUAAAAAGUCUUUUCUGCCUUUCCGUUCAUCAUCCCCUUUUUUUAGCUGGACCAAGAUCCGGCUUCCUUCAUUUAAAAAGCUCAAGCGUUCCAGUGUGGAGUCCAGCACGAUGUCCAGUUUGCAAACUGAUGAUCUUAUGUCAUCAAAAUCAAUCAGUUUCUCAAUGGAUGCCAAUCAGUGCUCCAGGAACACUGAAGAGAUGAUGCCUGAAAACACUCAAAUGAAUGAUGUUGAGGUCCAGACUGUGGAUGUCGUGUCCACAGAGGAUGAACCAUUUGGUCCCAUGAUUGACAAAAUGCUAGACGAGCUACUUGACGAAAAAGCAAACGUUUUGGAGAUGGAGUUUAACGUCAAGAUAGCUGAAUGGGCCAAGAUAAAAAAUGAGGAGAAGGUGAAACUAAAACGUAAGAUUGCCAGGGCAAGGCAGAGAAGACACAGGGAAAUUGAAAACCUAAAACUGAGAGUGAAAGUUAUGGAAAGGAAGGACAAACGUCAAAAGCAGAUGGAGAAGAAGAAGCUGAAGGAUCUAGAAAAGGAAAUGAACAAUGAAAAAUCAAAGCUUCUCCUUGAGCUGGAGGAGCUAAAACAGAAAUUGAAGAUGGAGAAAAUGGAGGAGUGUAACAGGAAGAAGAUGGAAAAUAAGUCCUUAAAAAGGAAAUUUAAAAUAACCUUCAGAUUUUGGGGUUUAAAAAAGAAAAUAUAGCAAGAAAGGCCCUUGAGAUCUAGUCUAGAGGAAGACAUUCAACCAGACUGACAUGCUCAGAAAAUCCUCAAUAAAAGCAAUGCAUUAAAAAAUACUCAAAUA